GCAGCGAAUCCGAGGCGAGUUGGGGCUUCAAGCAACAUUUAAAAAGCAAAAAGUGAUGGCUCUCUCUUCUGAAACUAGCGGCUUAUCUAAUAUUCUAGAAGCUGAUGCAAAGCACAUUUCAAAAAUGGCUCGUGAAACGUUUGAGAAAGAGGGCCCAUUGUUGGUGGUUGCAUCCGGCCGAGAUACUAUUUCUGUUGCGAGCUCCAUAAAACGUUUAGCCCCAGAAAAUGUCUUUGUUGUUCAGAUACAACAUCCAAGGUCACAUCUGAAUAGGUUUGACAUGGUAAUUACUCCAUGCCAUGAUUAUUACCCAUUGACUCCUCAUGCACAGGAGCAAAUUCCUUGGUUUCUCCGCCGGUGGAUAACUCCAUGUGAAUCUCCUGGAAAAAAUGUGGUUCUCACAGUGGGAGCUCUUCACCAGGCUGAUUCUGCUGCACUUAGGAGUGCCGCUUCUGCCUGGCAUGAUGAGUUGGCACCGGUUCCAAAGCCCUUGCUUGUAGUCAAUGUUGGAGGGCCUACAAAAAACUGUCUAUAUGGUGCGGAUCUUGCCAAUCAUUUAGCUGCCAGGCUGCAGAAUGUUCUUUGGAGCUGUGGCACUGUCAGGAUAUCUUUCUCUAGAAGAACUCCUGAGAAGGUAUCCGACAUUCUAGUAAGAGAAUUUACAAGCAAUCCUAAGGUUUUCAUUUGGGAUGGUAAAGGUUCAAAUCCACAUAUGGGACAUCUAGCUUGGGCUGAUGCUUUUGUCAUCACAGCUGAUUCAGUAAGCAUGUUGAGUGAGGCUUGCACUACUGGGAAGCCUGUUUAUGUAGUUGGAGCUGAGCGUUGUACAUGGAAGUUUUCUGACUUUCAGAAGUCUCUUCAAGAUCGAGGAGCUGUUCGACCAUUCACUGGUAAAGAGGAUGUCUCAAUCUCUCUUUUUUGGCCAAAAAAAAAAAAAAAAAUGAGGACCGGUGAUUCAACCACAGUUAAUGUUCCACAAUCGAGCGCUGUCCCUAAAGGGAAAGCAACUCUGGUGACAGUCGCAAAGCAGAAGGGUGGAUGGAAAAGAGGAGUUGCCAUAUUCGACUUCAUUCUCAGACUAGGAGCUAUUGUAGCUGCUUUAGCCGCCGCAUCCACCAUGGGUACUAGCGACGAGACUCUCCCAUUCUUCACCCAGUUCUUCCAGUUCCAAGCUAGCUACGAUGAUUUGCCCACUUUUCAGUUUUUCGUCAUUGCAAUGGGAAUAGUUGGUGGGUACCUAGUCCUGUCGCUCCCCUUUUCCAUUGUAUCCAUCGUUCGGCCCCAUGCAAUCGGACCAAGACUACUACUCCUCAUUUUAGACACAGUGGCGCUUACUCUAAAUACUUCUGCUGCCGCUGCAGCUGCUGCCAUAGUUUACUUGGCUCACAACGGCAAUAGCAACACGAAUUGGCUGGCUAUAUGUCAACAAUUUGGUGAUUUUUGUCAGAAAGUGAGUGGGGCCGUGGUGGCGUCGUUCGUUUCAGUGGUUGUGUUCAUGUUCCUUAUUUUGUUAUCUGCUUUGGCCAUCCGAAAGCUUUGAGAUCAAGAUGGACCAGCUAGCUACUCAUGCUUUAAUAAACUUUUUCUAUACAAGUCUUUGUAUUGUUGUUUUACAUAUAUAUGAAUUAUAUAUGGUGUUUAAUUCGGUGUUUCUUUCAACUCUUUGUCGUGCCGUGUGAAAUUUGGCAAAUGUAAUUUAUUUCAUUGUACGCAUGGCAGUUGCUGUAAUGA